AUGUCAGACCCCGUCCACAUCAAAGACGACAUCCUCACCAUUCAGUCGGUAGAGCACCAUCCCAAAGCCGACAAGUUUUUCAUGAUUCGGGAGAAGCAAAAGCCACACCGCAUAAUCACGCUCUUCUUCGGCGAUCUGGUACUCGUGGAAGACCAGUUCGCUGCACAAGGAUGGCUGUGGAAAUGCGUCAAGAAAUCCGGCUGGUACGGCUUCCGCAACGUCGUCUCCGGCUCGUACCUUGGGUAUAAGGGGCAGAGCAAAACGCUACAAGCUUGCAUGCCGCAUCACAAAUCUAAUGAGCACUUCAUGACAGAGAGGCAUGAAGACGGCGGCUAUGUGCUCUUGACGAUUCAUGGUGAGGAGCUGUGGCAGGUGGCCAUCUCUGAGGACGGCAAGUCGUUGGUCGAGAAAAAGGCAGAAGAAGGGGCGGGAACAGCUUGGGAUUUUGUCGAAAUUGGCAAGGCUCACGCUCUUUACCUCAGGUAG